UAGAUCUCUAGGAUCUGCAGCAGAGACCAAGGACAGCUGUUCAGGAUCGGUGGAGAGAGAAAAAAAAAAAGCGGAGGAGCAGAUUGAGCCCCGGCUAACUUUCUUGCAAGGACUCAUGGCCAAGCUCCUCGUUCUACUCCUGGUCUUACUCCAAGCUUCCUUUCUCCGCGGGGCGCUGCGGUUCAGCGUGGACGAGGAGGCGCCUCCGGGGACGGUGCUGGGCAAUUUGGCGGAGGAAUUGCAAGGGCCCGCGGAGGCUGCGCCCCGCGGCUUCCAGCUGGUGAAGGCGCCGGGCAACGGGUCGCUGGUGCGCGUGCGGGAGCGGGACGGGCAGCUGAGCGUGGGGCCGGAGCGGCUGGACCGGGAGCAGCUGUGCGGCCCGUCGGAGGCGCCCUGCGUGCUGGCCCUGGACGUGCUGAGCCUGGGCGGGGGAGGCUCGGCGCCGCCCUUCCGCCUGGUGCACGUGGAGCUGGAGGUGCGGGACCUGAACGACCACGCGCCGCGCUUCCCGCAGCCCGCCGUGGCCCUGGAGGUGUCGGAGAGCGCGGCGCCCGGCACCCGCCUGCCGCUGCCCCUGGCGCACGACCCGGACGCCGGCUCCAACGGGCUGCAGAGCUUCGCCCUCUCGCCGGGCAGCCCCUUCGGCCUGGAGGCGCAGCGGCGCGCCGACGGGCUCCGCUGCGCCGAGCUGGUGCUGCUGCGCGAGCUGGACCGGGAGGCGCAGGCCGGCUACCGGCUGGAGCUGGUGGCCACGGACGGCGGGAGCCCCGCGCGCUCGGGGACGGCCACGCUCAGCGUGCGCGUGCUGGACGCCAACGACAACGCGCCCGCCUUCCCCCGGGGCGCGCUCCUGAGCCUGGAGCUGCCCGAGGACGCGCCGCCGGGCGCGCUGCUGCUGGAGCUGGAGGCGGCCGACGCCGACGAGGGCGCCAACGGGCAGCUGCUCUACGCCUGGGGCAGCCAGGUGCCCGCCGAGGCCCGCCGCCUCUUCAGCCUCGACCCGCUCUCGGGCCGCCUGGCCCUGCGCGCCCCCGUCGACUACGAGCUCCAGCGCGCCUACGAGCUGGACGUGCGGGUCAGCGACCGCGGCGCCAGCCCGCUGGCCGCCGCCUGCAAGGUCCUGGUGCGCCUGCUGGACGUCAACGACAACGCGCCCGCCCUGGCCGUCAGCGCCCUGGCCGCGCCCGCGGAGCCCGGGGAGGCCGGCUGGGCGGCGGCCGUCAGCGAGGCGGCGCCGGCGCAGAGCCUGGUGGCGCUGGUCAGCACCUCGGACAGCGACGCGGGCGCCAACGGCCAGGUGCGCUGCGCCCUCCUGCCCGCGCCCCACCAGCCCUUCGCCCUGCAGCGCGCCGACGCCGCCGACAGCUACCUGCUGCUCACCACCGGCGCCCUGGACCGCGAGCGCCUGCCCGAGUACAACCUCACGCUGGUGGCCGAGGACCUGGGCUCGCCCCCCGCCAGGACCGUCCGCUCGCUCACCGUCCGCGUGGCCGACGAGAACGACAACGCCCCGCGCUUCGCCAAGGCGCGCUACGAGGUGGCCCUGCCGGAGAACAACCCCCCGGGGGCCUACCUCGCCACCGUCCUGGCCUCCGACCCCGACCUGGGACCCAACGGCAAGGUGACCUACAGUCUGCUGGACAACCAAAUCAUGGGCGCCUCUAUCUCUACCUACGUUUCGGUAGAUGCGGGCACAGGAGCUAUCUACGCCCUCCGGUCUUUCAAUUAUGAGUUCCUGAAGGAGAUGGAGUUGUCCAUCCAAGCUACGGAUGGAGGAUCUCCUUCGCUCUCCAGUACGGCCUUGGUCAAGGUACGGGUGAUGGACCAAAACGAUAACGCUCCCGUCAUCUCUUCUCCUGCACUCACCAAUGGGUCUCUUGAGAUCCUCCUGCCUCUCAGUGCCCCGCCCGGCUUCCUGAUCUCUCAGCUGGCAGCCCGGGACUCCGACGAUGGUCGUAACUCCGAGCUGACUUUCUCCCUCCUGGAAGGGGCGUCCAGGCUCUUCGCGGUGCGGCCGCGGACGGGAGAGCUCUUUCUGCGGGAACGGGUCCCGCCUGAGGCCGCGCCCCGCUCCGCUUUCCGCUUGGUUGUUGCCGUCGAGGACGGUGGGUUGCCUUCUCUGACUUGCACAGCGACGCUGCGGCUGAUUUGCACGGAGACGCUGCCCUCUAGCGUGCAGAUAGUGGCGCUGCAGCUUGGCGUCGCCGGAGGAGAACCGUGGGAUCCGUCCGUGCUGUGGAUCGCCUUGCUGGGAGGAGGCUGCGGGGUUUUGCUGGUGGCCAUUCUACUCGUGGGAGCCUCUAUUUGGGUGGGCAGGAAGAAGUUCCCCGUUGGGAAGCCAAUGAAGCCGGUGGGACCCAGAGAAGGUGGAAGCCGUCCUGUUGCUCCAUGGGGGGACGGGACCUCCAAAGACUCUGCUUGGAGUGGGGCUUUCUCAGCAGAUGAAGAAGAGAGCCGUGACUCCUUGGGUGUGACUGAGACCGAAACUCCUAGCUCCGAUUCCCAGGCUCGGAUUCUUAUUCCUGUUGAGCCCGCAUCUGAAUGGGAAGCAAGCCAAUCCGCUUCGAAUUUUAGCUAUUCGGGUCUGGAUCGAGUGAGCGGAGAAGACAGUGGGAAAGGAGACAGUGAAUGCAGCGACAGUGACUUCAAUACUAGCAGGGACAGAAUGAAAGAGAUCUCCGUAGAAAAAGUUGGGAAACAGAAUGGGACCACCACUUCUGCUGAGAGAACAACUUGCAAAGAAUCAAACAUCUACAAUGGUCAACAUGCGCACCUGUCUUUGGGAAGGAAACAUCUACCCUUUUACCGUGAACGCACCGAACUUCUCUCCUAUCCCGCAGCCCGAAUUAACAGAUCUCUCAUCCAGCAGAGAAAUACUCAUUGUCGUCCCGAGUUCCUCCCGCAAAGCCAAGACUGUCUUCCAGUUUGGAAUGAAAGACUACCCACCGUUUGUGAACAAGGACGUCACAGCGGGACAACCGCAAUGGUUAAUUCCCAGGAAUGCCAAGAAUUAAGCAGUUUCCCUCGAAACACUUCCGAGAUCGUGACAUCAUUUUGACAAGACAAGGAGAAAUUUUCUGACAGCGAGAACAGUCAACCCAUGGAACAGAAGUUGCCUUCAGAAGUUGUGGGAGCUCCAUCACUGGAGGCUUUCAAGAAGUUUAUUCUAGUCUAGAGAAGAGAAGAACCAGGGGAGACACGAGAGCAGUCUUCCAAUAUUUGAGGGGUUGCCACAAAAAGGAGGGGAUCAAGCUAUUUUCCAAAGUACCCGAAGGCCAGACAAGCAAUAAUGGAUGGAAACUGACCAAGGAGAGAUUCAACCUAGAAAUAAGGAGAAAUUUUCUGACAGUGAGAACAAUCAACCCAUGGAACAGAAGUUGCCUUCAGAAGUUGUGGGAGCUUCAUCACUGGAGGCUUUCAAGAAGAGACUGGACUGCCAACUGUCAGAAAUGGUGUAGGGUUUCCUGCUUGAGCAGGGGGUUGGACUAGAUGACCUCCAAGGUCCCUUCCAACUCCGUUAAUCUGUUAAAAUCAGUUUACAGCCAUUCUGUGCAGUUUUUGACAAAACUUCCUUUCUGUAUCCCAGGUGUCGGGGGAAAACAAUUUGGUUCAUGCUAAACAUAAUACUUAACGCACAUUGAUUCGGAGGGAGAAUUGUGUAGCGGCUAAAAUAAUGCAUCCUUUUUUGAAUGGAUUGCGUCUUAUACGAAGAAAAUGUAAAUACAGGUAGUCCUCAACUAAACGACCACAAUUUUGAAGCCCAAAAUUUCUGCUGCUAAGUGAGACAGUUGAUGAGUGAAUUUUGUCCUAGUGUAUGGCCUUCCUUGCCCCAGUUUUUAAUUGCAGCAGCCACUAACAGUUGAAUCCCUGCUACGUUGCUAAGUUGGUAACCUGGUUGUUAAGUGAAUCUGGCUUCGCCGUUGACUUUUCUUUGUCCGAAGGUCAUAAAAAGGGGAUCACGUGACCCCAGGCACAACUGCAACCGUCAUAAAUAUGAGUCAGUUGCCAAGCAACUGGAUUUUGAUCACGUGACGAUGGGAAUAGUCAUAAAUUUGAAAAACAGUCAUUUUUUUUCAGUGCCUUUGUAACUUCAAGGGGUCACUAAAAGAAUUAUUGUAACCUUGAAUGAUCUCAACCAGGACGUUUGAAUUUAUCUGAAAAUUCAGCAACUGGAUGAAGGUGACUGCUUUGGAAUGGUCAUAAAAAUAUUCCAAGAAUAGAAUAGAAUAGAAUAGAAUAGAAUAGAAUAGAAUAGAAUAGAAUAGAAUAGAAUAGAAUAGAAUAGAAUAGAAUAGAAUAACAAAGUUGGAAGGGACCUUGGAGGUCUUCUAGUCCAACCCCCUGCUUAGGGAGGAAACCCUACACCACUUCAGACAAAUGGUUAUCCAAUCUCUUCUUAAAAACUUCCAGUAUUGGAGCAUUCACAACUCCUGGAGGCAAGUUGUUCCACUGAUUAAUUGUUCUAACUGUCAGGAAAUUUCUCCCUAGUUCUAAAUUGCUUCUCUCCUUGAUUAGUUUCCGCUCAUUGCUUCUUGUUCUGCCCUCAGGUGCUUUUUUUUUUUUUUAAAUUUGAUUUAUAUGCCGCCCUUCUCCGGAGACUCAGGGCAGCUUACAGUGCGUUAAGCUUUGAAGAAUAGUUUGACUCCUUCUUCUUUGUGGCAACCCAAUAAGACAUUCCUAUUAGGAAUAUUUACCGAAAAAUACACCAAAGAAAAAAAAAAUUUGGUUUUACAUAUUAUAACAGCCGCACGCAUAUUAUAAGCACAAAAUUGGAAAAGGGAAAACAUACCAACAGAAGAAGAAUUGAUAAAAAAAAAAAAUCCUAGAAUGUGCCGAGAUGGGCAAAUUAACAAAAGAGCUCAAAGAAAAAGAAGAUACGGAAUAUUAUAUAAUCUGGAACAAAUGGUAUAAUUGGCUCGAGACUAGAAAUAAUGGAUAAUAAAAAAUAGGGAUGAAGUUGAAAAUGGAAAGAACGAAUAUGACAAUGUAUAGAAUGUAUAAAAUCAGUAGGAUUGUUAAGACGUAUAAUGUAAUUAAAAGAGAAAGGAACAAGAAAAUGGAAUAGUAUAAAGGGAAUUGGGGGAGAACAUAAAUAUUAGAAGAUGACCACCAUGGAAUAGCUGUAAAAAGAGAGUGUAUGUAUGUAUGUAUGUAUGUUUUGUGUUUUGUGUUUGUCAUAUUGUGUUAUAAUAAAAAUAUUUUUUUUAAAAAAAUAUCCCAAUAAAAGAAACAGGAGACAGCAAUACAACAAACAAUUCUUACUUUAA